AUGAUGUGCUCUCGCCAAUGCUCGUCUUCAAGCGCACCGGACUCAAGUGAGAAAGCGGUUGUUUCUCGCUACCGCUGCAACGCGGCCUCGUGGCAUCGAUCAGUGUCUGGCACCGGCGACCGUAUCAGUUUCGCGCGUUCCUGGAUCGCCGUGUCUUCCAUCUGUGGCCCCAAACAGAUCGCAUCUUCUCGUCAUAACGUUGUGCCAUUCUGCCUUGCAUCUAAAAGCCGCACCGGCCGCAGAGAAGAUUCAGUCUGUGGCCGCGCCUGGAACCCAGAAUCGAGAACCAGACCAGGUUCAGACUCUCGUAGAGCUCUACCAACGCCUGCCUAUCGAUCCAAGGCUCAGCUCGAUGGCCGGAACUUCCUCAGUCGAUGUCCCAUCGAAACCCUGAUCAUGUUGUAG